AUGAAUCAUCUCCAUCAGGAUUUAAUUCUCUAUCUCUUUGAUUUUCUCAUCAUUCCUCCGAGAGACUUUAUCAAUGUCUUUUCAUUGAAUCGACAUUGGAGAGAAUGUACUGAAUUGAAUGAUGAGUUUUGGGAGAGACAAUUAUGCGAUAUAAUGUACCUUCUUUAUGAGAGUUGGAAGAAACAAGAAUUGGCUCAUUGUCGACCUCCAAUAGGAUCUACCAAUCCUACAAUGAUGAUGAAGACAACAAUGAUGGAUUCAGUUGCAUCAGAUUCCAAAAAGACGAGAUUGUUCAUGCUGCCAGAUGGUCCUCUUUCGUUGGAUGAGUUUUAUCGGAAAUACUUUUUCAAAGAAGAAACAAUGUUCUCUCCCAAAAGGAUGAACAACAAGAGAGGAGGAUCCAAAUCUACUUCUCAGGAGAUCAUCAAACCACUGUUUAGGAAAAUUCUUGGAACAUUGAAUCACGAAUUGGAACGAUGGAUUGAAGAAAAGUCCAUCAUGGUGAGAGAAGAAGAAUGCACUCGCAAUGCAAUCACAGAUCCAAUGCCUCCAACACUGAACAUCCUUCAUCAUCAUCAGGACAUCAUGAUGACGAAUAGAAAAUUAUCGAUCAAAUCCAUAUUUCUCUCCACGUUUUCUCGAAUUAAGGAACAAGAGUUAUGGCAAUCCAUCAAAUCUCAGGCUCAAAAAAAGUCAACCACAAACUUGAACUUUUUGAGUAGCAUUAUCCAUUGUGAAUAUUUCAAGUAUUUAAAUGAGUUUGAAUUUCAUAGAGAUCGUAUUCGUAAAGGGCUUGGAAUUUACAACAAUUUAAGGAUGGAUCAUACAAUUUCCUAUUGGGAAUUUAUUUUAAACAUGAAAGAAACGAACAAACGUAACAUUAUUUCAUUACAACGAAUGGUUUUUGAUAGAGCCAUAUUCAAAGCAGAACAGAAAAACCAUCAUGUGAUGAUUGAUGUUUUACAAGCCACGUCAAAUCUAUUUGCAAAAGUUGCUGAACAUCAAGGAACUGAAACAGUAUCACAAGAAGUGGCUUUGAAUACUAUUUUUGAAGGAAUUACUCACUAUUUACAAUGCAAAGUUUCUUUUGAAAAGAGAACUAAGUUCAUGAAAACCCUACUCUUGAAAUUACUACAGGAUUGCUUUUACAGACAUACAAGUACACACAUGGCAAUAUAUGUAUUUGAGCAGUUUAGACAGUAUUUUCAAAAAACGUACAAAAUUCUCUUUGAACGACCUUUGCACAAACAGGUAUGCACUAGAUAUGAUUACAGACGCAAGAAUUGUUUCUCUCCUCUCACCAUCGACAGAGAACCACAAUUAUUUUUGUUGGAAUAUUUUCUUAAUACUCUUUACUUUUCACAAGAAUUUCUCCUUAAAUUUUUAGGACAUCAACAUUCACGUGAAUACUCUGAAAAAAUUGCAUGUAUUUAUUAUUCAAGUUCAAAUGCAACUCCAACCUGUGAAUUUUUGAAUUUCAAAAAUGGAGACAUUCAUGAAUAUGUUACGGCUCUGUUGAGAUGUCGCCAAGUGUAUCGAAAAUUUGGAAGAGAUUCACAUUUUGAGAAAGAUUUAGAGAAACAACUCUCUAACACGAUAUUCAAUGAUCCAGAUCAUGAAGAUUUAUUGUUGACGUUAUUUCAUCAAGGAUUGAUUUCAAAAUCAUUCACAGAUCGAUGUGUGAAGAGAAUUUUAUUUUCAAUUUGGGAUCGACAUUUAUAUGGUGAUGUUGAUGACAAGUUAGCCACAAUGUUGCAAGAGACACAAACAAUACUCUCAAAAUUCAAUACUGAUGGAAGACUUUCAUUAGAAAUGAUACAUAGUCCAUACAAAUUCUUGGAUCAUUUCGAUAGUUGUGAUCUGGACGAGGCCUCUCAAAAAUUCCCCAAAUCAAUACUGAAAACAAAAGCUCUCUCAGAAUUCAAACAGGUCGGUUCUGACGAUUUAUUUGAUGCCAAUCCACUGUGUUUGUUUAUGCUCAACUUUGACCCUAAGACUGAGAUAUUGUUGAAACUUUUGAAUCAUUCAUUCUUUACACAAUAUUGGAACGUAAUUGUAACAGUGCCGAAGCUGUAUGACAUGAUGUUUCCACAGCCUGUGUUAGUGGGCAACGAAAUUCUUUAUUGCUAUCGAACUGAUAGUUAUUCAAUUGAAAACCGAUAUAUUCGACUUUAUUUGAAAAAGAUGACAUUGAAACAAUUAUUGAAUGAUUUGAUAGAGGAAUCCAAAAAGAAGGAAAGGUAA